UUUUGAAUGGAAUCGGGCUGAUUCAUCGCCGGUUCGCACAGCCAGAGCCCGGUCGACUCUGAGCCGGAGCCGCUGCCGCCGCGUCACCGCAGCUGGAAGACAAGCGCCCAAACCGCGGCCUCCCGUCCUCGCCCGCCUUCAGGAGAGAGAGAAAAAAAAUACUUCAAAAAAUUAUACCUGCCAGUAUUAGCAAGAGCUUACCUUCAGAAGAAAUUUGUCAAAUUCAACAAAUUGAAGCUUACCACCACAAGAGUUGUAGUUACUGACCAGAAAUAUGGACAGACUUCUUAGACUUGGAGGAGGUAUGCCUGGACUGGGCCAGGGGCCACCUACAGAUGCUCCUGCAGUGGACACAGCAGAACAAGUCUAUAUCUCUUCCCUGGCGCUGUUAAAAAUGUUAAAACAUGGUCGUGCUGGAGUUCCAAUGGAAGUUAUGGGUCUGAUGCUUGGAGAAUUUGUUGAUGAUUACACCGUCAGAGUGAUUGAUGUGUUUGCUAUGCCACAGUCAGGAACAGGUGUCAGUGUGGAGGCAGUUGAUCCAGUGUUCCAAGCCAAAAUGUUGGAUAUGUUGAAGCAGACAGGAAGGCCUGAGAUGGUUGUUGGUUGGUAUCACAGUCACCCCGGCUUUGGUUGUUGGCUUUCUGGUGUGGAUAUCAACACUCAGCAGAGCUUUGAAGCCUUGUCGGAGAGAGCUGUGGCAGUGGUUGUGGAUCCCAUUCAGAGUGUAAAAGGAAAGGUUGUUAUUGAUGCCUUCAGAUUGAUCAAUGCUAAUAUGAUGGUCUUAGGACAUGAACCAAGACAAACAACCUCAAAUCUGGGUCACUUAAACAAGCCAUCUAUCCAGGCAUUAAUUCAUGGACUAAACAGACAUUAUUACUCCAUUACUAUUAACUAUCGGAAAAAUGAACUGGAACAGAAGAUGUUGCUAAAUUUGCAUAAGAAGAGUUGGAUGGAAGGUCUGACACUUCAGGACUACAGUGAACACUGUAAACACAAUGAAUCAGUGGUAAAAGAGAUGUUGGAAUUAGCCAAGAAUUACAAUAAGGCUGUAGAAGAAGAAGAUAAGAUGACACCUGAACAGCUGGCAAUAAAGAAUGUUGGCAAGCAGGACCCCAAACGUCAUUUGGAGGAACAUGUGGAUGUACUUAUGACUUCAAAUAUUGUCCAGUGUUUAGCAGCUAUGUUGGAUACUGUCGUAUUUAAAUAAAGCAAUGCAAAAAGCUAUUAGUGAUACUUUCAGUGUAUAUUCCUCUAUUGUUCCUAAUGCUCAAAAUCAAGGGACCUCUGAAGGUGUAUUUGGUUAAAUGUAAGACAUCUGGCAUCAUUUGCAGCACUGUAACACCUUCAGUCUCAGUUGUACAAUUACUUCUGUUUCUUUAGUCAGGGUCUUUGCAGAUUCCAAAGUUGUAUAAGAAUACAUCAAAGUGGACAAAUUUUGUUAAGAUCCCAUUUAAUAUUUGAAGAAAUCAGUAACACAAAUAUAUUUUGAUUGUUGCUUACAAAAUAAAAUACAUUUACAAUCUA